GCGACUCUGGGCUGUACUCUACGCUUAGCUUUGACAGAGACUCCCGGGGGGCGGACCCUAGGUGUCGCGCGCAUGCCUGGCAGGGCUGGGCCGCUCUUCUCCGGUGGCUGCGGCUCAGACGCCUCAGCUGGGCCUAAGAUGGACCUCCCGGCCGUGCUCGCUGCCCCAGCCACGCGCGGAGACCAACAUGGCGGUGGCCCAAGCCGACUUCGCCGCGGAACGGGGCCGUCCCUCGGUGCUGGUCCCGGGCGCCGCCGCCUGCUGCUGCUGAGGAGCCCGGAAGAUGGCGGGCCCGGGCCGCGUCAAGAGGAGGCCCCGGGGCCCAGCCCGCCGCCCCCGGAAGACGGCGGCGACUCCUUCGUGGUACUGCUGGAAGUGCCGCGCGCGGCCGACACCCAUGAACAGGAGGAGACCGAGCCCGACUCCGGCGCGAGCCCCACGGAACAGGUCCCGGCCGCCGCCCCCGGCGCAGCACUGGCAGGCACCGUCACCAUCCACAACCAGGACCUCCUGGUGCGCUUCGACCGCGGCGUCUUCACGCUGGCCGCCGCCCCCGCGCCAGCCACCCAGGGCCUGCAUCCCGCGACCACCCCGGGCCUGGAGCCCUCGAGCGCUGCUGCGUCCCGCCGCGGGCCGGUGGCCGCCAGCGCUGGCGCUCCGGCCUACCGCUGUCCGGAGCCGCAGUGCGCGCUGAGCUUCGCCAAGAAGCACCAGUUGAAGGUGCACCUGCUGACGCACGGCAGCCUCCAGGGCCGGCGUCCCUUCAAGUGCCCGCUGGAUGGCUGUGGCUGGGCCUUCACCACCUCCUACAAGCUCAAACGGCACCUGCAGUCCCAUGACAAGCUGCGUCCUUUUAGCUGCCCGGUGGGCGGCUGCGGCAAGAAGUUCACCACAGUCUACAACCUCAAGGCGCACAUGAAGGGCCACGAGCAGGAGAGUUUGUUCAAGUGCGAGGUAUGCGCCGAGCGCUUCCCCACACACGCCAAGCUCAACUCCCACCAGCGCAGCCACUUCGAGCCCGAGCGACCCUACAAGUGUGAUUUCCCUGGCUGUGAGAAGACAUUCAUCACAGUGAGUGCCCUGUUUUCCCAUAACCGAGCCCACUUCAGGGAACAAGAGCUCUUUUCCUGCUCCUUUCCUGGAUGCAAUAAACAAUAUGACAAAGCCUGCCGACUGAAAAUUCACCUGCGAAGUCACACAGGUGAGAGACCAUUUAUUUGUGACUCAGACAGUUGUGGCUGGACCUUCACCAGUAUGUCCAAACUUCUAAGACACAAAAGGAAGCAUGAUGAUGACCGGAGGUUCACUUGCCCUGUUGAAGGCUGUGGCAAGUCAUUCACUAGAGCAGAGCAUCUGAAGGGCCACAGUAUCACCCACCUGGGAACAAAGCCAUUCGAAUGCCCUGUGGAAGGAUGCUGUGCCAGGUUCUCAGCUCGCAGCAGUCUGUACAUUCAUUCUAAGAAACACCUGCAGGAUGUGGGUACUCCAAAAAGCCGCUGCCCAGUGUCCAGCUGCAACCGACUCUUCACCUCCAAGCAUAGCAUGAAGGCUCACAUGGUGCGGCAACAUAGCCGGCGCCAAGAUCUUGUACCUCAGCUGGAAGCUCCAAGUUCUCUUACACCCAGCAGUGAACUGAGUAGCCCAGGCCAAAGUGAGCUCACCAACAUAGAUUUAGCAGCACUUUUCUCUGACACACCUGCUAAUAGCAGCAGUUCAACAGCUGGGUCGGAUGAAGCACUGAACUCUGGGAUCCUCACCAUUGAUGUCACUUCUGUGAGCUCUUCUCUGGGAGGGAAUCUCCCUACUAAUAAUAACCCCUUAGGGCCAAUGGACCCCCUCGUUCUAGUGGCCCAUAGUGAUAUGCCUCCGAGUUUGGACAGUCCUCUUGUUCUUGGGACAUCAGCCACAGUUCUCCAACCAGGCAGCUUCAGUGCAGAUGAUUCACAAGCCAUGAGCACAGGAGCAGUAGGCUGUCUGGUGGCUCUGCCUAUGAGGAACUUGAGUCAAGACUCUCCAGCUUUGACCCCCAGCAAUAACUUGACAGCACUUGGUACCACACCAACUUCUUCAGACACCACCCAAGAAGCUGCCAGUGUUCCAGAUCUGCUGGUUCCAAUAAAGGUGGAACAAGACUUGUCUCCUGUCCCAGAUAUGGUCCAGGGGCAAAAAGAAAGCCAUGGGCCAUCUGUUCUAUCCAGCUCUACAGAGAGGCUAGGGGCUCAAAAGGACUCAGAGCUCAGUGCUGGCACAGGCAGUCUCUACUUGGAAAGUGGGGGCUCAGCAAGAACUGAUUACCGAGCCAUUCAACUAGUCAAGAAAAAAAAGCAGAAAGGAACUGGGAGCGAUGAAGGAGCCUCUGACUCUGCUCACAGGAAAAUAAAAGGAAGCACAGUCAGCCUUCCUCAUGUCCACUCAGGGCAACAUAGUUGUUUUUGUGGAAAUCCCAUGGUACCCAGUGGAAGUCUACCAGCCCCUGCAGCAGUAACACAGUGUGUCCAGAUCCCUGUUCUGCAGGAUGACCCCUCAGGUGAAGGAGGCUUACCGCUGGCCCUCAGCCCACAGCGCUCUGCCUUCCACCCCUACUUCACCGUGGAUCUGCCAGUCUACGUCCUCCAGGAGGUGCUUCCAGCACCCGGAGGCUUUGCUGGGCUGGAGGCUGCACAGGUACCAGGAAGCACUAUCAACCUGCAGGACCUUCAGUGACAGCAGCCUGAACAAAUGAGGACUGCCUUCCAGGCCUGCUUCAAGACCUCAGCUGGCUGGGGAGCUGGGGCUUGGGGGUGGCAGAGAGACAUUUGACUUCCUCAGCACUCCAGCCUGGUUCUGUGAGACUUUAGGGUACAUAUAUUGAAAGUACUUAAACUGCCUCCACAGGUUGCCCUCUGAGAUAGGCACUGUGCCCAUGCCGUGUGUGUGUGUGUGUGUGUGUGUGUGUGUGUGUGUGUGCGCGCGUGUGUGCGUGUGUG